AUGGGCCGGGCAGAAACGACAAGUGAACCACAAACAACAAGCUCCUUCGCCAACAGACAACCAUAUCAUGCAUCUCCCACUCUCAACCCUAACCCUCCUUGCGAGCCUGACACUCGCCCUCGCAGAUCAAGACCAGGAUCUGGGUCCGCCGUCGUCAGAACAACCUCCUUUCCCUCCUGCGCCUCAAGCUACAAACUCGACUGCUUCUGUGAAGCGAACAAGUCGGAGAUCCAACUCGCUCCGGAAGUUGAGGAGUUAUGUGAGGAGAAUGGCGUUCCGAAAGAAGAGAUAUCAAAGUACCUCUGCGAUGACACCGCCGUACCAGCAUCCCCUCGACGCGGAAGUGCACCAAUGAUCCGGACGGAAGAGCAGCCGCAAGGUGAGCCUGAGUCCGAGUACACGACGGAGGAGGACGGAGAAUGUGAUGAAGAAGCAUCAGCAUCAGCAUCAACCGACACCGAGACUCCAGUCUCAGCCUCAAAGCGCGCCAUCACCCCCAACUCAACAAGACUGCUUAUCCCGGAGAACGACACGCUAGAGCGGGAGGUCGCUGUUGACGGAUCCGAUGACGACAACAAGACAGAAACUGAGGACGGCAUGGCCAACACCAACGCCAUUUACCAGGUCAUCACGGUCACAGAGACACGCACCGAAUGUUCAUGCGAACAGACCGCCACGCCUGUCGAUGGCUCGGCGGCUGUCUCUGAGCCUUUACCUGCACCCACAUCCGUGGACAGCGACGACAACCACGACGCAGAAAACAACACGGACAUCAAUAUGUCCAGCGCCAUGCACGGGACCCAAAUCGCCGUUGCGAUUCUGCCGACGCCGUCGCAGAUGAGCAUUGCUCAUGCGGCUGAGACGGAUGAUGUCUCUGCGUCGUCUGUGCGUGUUGCGUCUUCGGAUGUUCCUGUUCCGACGGGGCUUGAUGCUGAGCAGAAGCAUGGGGCUAAGCAGGAUGAUGGUGCUGACAUCGAUGCGGAGAUGUUCAGGGGAAACGCGGGUGUGAUUGGGGUUUCGAAGGAGGUUGUGCUUGGUCUAAUUGGUGUUGCUGCUGGGGUUGUUUUGUUGUGA